AUGUCGGCUGAAUGGGUUUGUGUGCAGCGUCAGCAAGAUGAGUGCCGUCGUUAUCUCGAUCAGUUCAAAGUUCUAGACCAUCCUUUAAAGCAGACAACGAUAACGGUGCUAGAAAGUCGAGGAACACGGAGUAAGCCAACUACCGCAAUGGAUGCAAACGGAACACUGAAAGCUAGCAAUACUUCAACUGCUUCUCUGACGGUCGCAGCGCUGUCCCUCGAUCCGCUCAACAUAGCCUUCGAUGGGUCCGAUCCAUUAAGCCAGUUCGCAAAGCAGCAGACGACUUCGUUGGGCAAAGAUCCGCUCUCGCGUAUGGCAGCGGAGCAGGAAGUCACUUUAUCAAAUGAAAAAGCAGAACAAACGCAUUCCAGUAAACCGAGGGAACCCAGGAAUUUGCUUGAGCUGACUCUUAUCGAACCGUGGGGACCGCGCAGGGCUGCUAUCCUGAGUAAAUAUACCACCUCAGAAAAGCUAUCGAUCGUGACAAGCUUUCUGUCGGGUGGUGAAACUAUAAAACCUCAGACGACAAUGUCGGAGAAGGUCAAAUAUCGGCUGGAACAGCUGGAUGACUUUGACGAAAGUUCCGUGCGCCAAAUGUUAGACCUGUCACAACAAGAAUAUGUUUUAAAAAUCGAGCAGCUGAACCAUGAGCUUGUUCAAGCCUGGAAUCAGGAUCAGCGUGUAAAAGCGCUCAAGAUUGCGAUUCAAUGCUCAAAACUGCUAUCCGACACGUCCGUUAUCCAGUUUUACCCGUCGAAGUUUGUCCUCAUCACCGACAUUCUCGACAUUUUUGGUCGACUAGUGUACGAACGACUGCGUACGAAAGCUGAACAAGUACAGCCGGUAGGGACUCCGGCGUGUCUGUCGGAAAACUUUACUCCCGAAAUGGUUUCAGAAUCUGCAAGGGAAACCUGUCAGAAUUGGUUUUACAAGAUUGCUUCAAUUCGAGAGCUGUUGCCUCGCUUAUACGUAGAAAUAGCGAUCCUGCGCUGUUACAGUUUUUUAGCCCGAGACGAAUUUAGCCUAGCACUUGGAAGGCUUACAAAGCUUAUCCGAGGAAUCGGUGAUCCACUAGUAGCAAUCUACGCCCGGUGUUACUUGUGUCGCGCGGGUAUGAGCCUUACCCUCGAUCAGACGUACCUUCGUGAGAAUCUCGACGAUAUUUUAAUGACCUAUCAUACCAUAUUCAACGGAGCAAUCCGCUCCGAAAUCGCCCGUCAUCGUAUCACUCUGAAUGGGUACAUAUCGCUGUAUCUACCCGCUCUGGAUUGGAUAGUUCAAGGCGUGAUCAUCCUGGCCACCGACAGCCAGUUGGAUGAUAUUCUGCAGCGCUGUAAGGAGAAGAAAUAUCCUGCCCUACUACUGUACUCAAUGUUGCAGUCAUCUCGGCCCGAGUUUAUCGCUUCACGUGCGACGUAUUUUGUUCAAAUUCUUUCAUCCGUUUCAAUGGAAGGCUUUUCGAGAGGACAAUUGCUACGUCUACUGGGAGGCAUACUUAGUCACACACCACCACCGUGCGAGCAGAGAAUGGAUGUGCUUUUGAAUGCCACAAAAACCAUCACCUCCAUGACCAACAUCGACGAGUAUGUGCAGUGUGCAGAAAUGUGGGCUCAGUACACAAGCCAGUUCUUCGGGCUGAAUGAAAUCGACGGAUUCAUAGCAACUGUGCUUCGCCAGCUGACUCCUAAUCGGAUCUACGAGCAACAUUAUCAUGAGCUCCAAAUGAUAGUGGAUAAAGUCGUCUCCAACGCACAGGAUAUUCAUGGAGUACUAGCAUUGGAACAUUUUCUACCUUUGUUAGAUCUUUUCCAAAAGGAAUCUAUUAAGAUAACAGUAUGUAAGAACAUUCUCGUUUGCUACCGAAAUGCGACUCAUAGCGAUACGUCAAUUAUCAGUGAUCCGGUCGUUACAAAUGCUCUAAUGCACAUCAGCAGAGUAUUGAAUGAUUCCGUCAAUGCACUUACCGGCGAGGAUGAACGCAGACAGAUUAGUAGCUUAAUUUGUCAUUUCGUUCGGAAGGUGGAUUUUGGCCGAGACUUUGAGCAACAGCUUGCGUUUUACGUCGAAGCACGGGCGGUACUUUCCAACCUCGAUUCAGCACUGUCGAUGCUAAUACAUUCUGUGAAUCGUUUGGCUACGAGCACCCGUCGCAUUGUGAAAGGGCAACAUACACAAAAAACGGCAGCAUUUGUUAAAGCAUGUGCUGCGUAUUGUUUCAUAACAAUCCCUUCCAUCAUUGACGUCCAGAUGCGGAUGGAUCUAUACAUGCAGUCGGGGCAGGUUGCGCUUCUUAAUGUUUGCUUGCAGCACGCCGAUUCAUGUUUCGAGGCAGCGCUCAACCUAAUUCCUAGCGUGCCUCGCACGGUGGAGGUAGAUGGGAAGAUUCAUUCGACUGAAGGAUAUGUGCAAACCUUUGCUGUCAAUUUUCUCUCCACAUUAGUCAUUGUUCCGGACAAUCCAACACAAGGAGUGUUGUACUUGUUACGCUUACUCCUCGAUGUUGUGCCAAAGUUCCCGUCCGAGCCGGCGUCGGCAAUGGUCUCCAACAUCUAUCUGCAUAUUCUCGAUUUCCUGUCCGUAGCGGCACAAGAAGUAUAUCCAUACCACAUCGCGAAUGUUAUCUCCAAUGACGAACUCUACGGCUCCGAUCCGAAGUUUAUCGCUGAGGUAAAUGCGCUCUGUAACACGGUAUGCGAUACUCUGCUACAGCAUCUAAAACUGCUGCUCGAGUCGAAAGCACUGCGCUCUCAAUCCCAGCUAUCUUUGGAUUUGUUCGUUAAAAUAAUUACCGGGGCAGAUCUGUCGGUUGAAAAAAUGUUCAACCUUGCCUACAACUUAUGGAGUUUGGCAGUAAAAAAUCAGAUGGAAAUCGAACCUAAGCAAUUGCAAAUAGUUUUAGCUUACACGGAACAUCUGGUAACAGUCACACAGGUGGAAACUCAAAGACAAUGCCUGUUAAUGCUACUGGCUAAAAUGAAAGCUCGACUUUAAAAUUUGUCGAAAAUUGUUUGGCUUCCUGGAGUGC